AUGAUUUAUAUUACUACAUUCAUAUAUUCAUACACAUAUUUCAACACCUCAUUACCUAAUGAAUACACUCUCACAUCUGGUGGUAUAUCAGCACUAGAUGAUGAUAAUCUUAUUCCUAGAAGAAAUUAUGGACUUGAUAUUAAUGAUGGUGAUGAUGAUCAAUUGUUGGUGAUAAUUUUAACAACUACAUAA